AUGGGUAUGUGCCUUUUCCUCAUCCUUUUGGGAGAUGGCUCUGGCAGAGAGCCAUUGUCCGAUCACGUGAUACCACUGCAAUUCUCUCUGGACCUGCCUGGAUGUUCAGCUAUCAUCACUGGAGACUUUAAGGGCAAGAAAACUAAAGUAGAAGCACUUCUGACAUCAACGAAAAAGACAAAAGUUUUAUCCACGGAUUUCUACCUUAAUGUGACCGAGGACUGCCCAUCUUACAUUAACUGGAGAGGGUUCGUUACAGUGCCUUUCAGUCAUGAAGAAAGGGAUUUUCCUAUUGCAUAUUCCAUGGUGAUCCAUGACCAAGCGGAGAUGUUUGAGCGACUUCUUCGAGCAGUUUAUGCACCUCAGAAUGUCUACUGUGUGCACGUGGACCAAAAGUCCCCUAAAGAAUUUCACAUGGCUGUCCAGGCUAUUAUUUCAUGUUUUCCCAAUGUGUUUAUAGCAAGUAAAUUAGAAAGUGUGCUGUAUGCCUCGUGGAGCCGAGUGCAGGCUGAUCUUAACUGCAUGACAGAUCUGCUUCAGUCGCCCAUCAAGUGGAGGUACCUGCUCAACACCUGUGGUACAGACUUCCCCAUCAAAACUAAUGGAGAGAUUGUAAAGGCACUGAAGGCCCUCAAUGGAAGAAACAGUAUGGAGACUGAGGACACAGUGGGCUUUAAGAAAAUGCGCUGGCAAUAUCACCACAAUGUCUCAGACACUAUCAUCAGGACGGACAUAAAGAAAAGUCCUCCUCCUAUAAGCGGCCCAAUGUUCUCAGGAAAUGCCUACUUUGUGGUCACCAGAGACUUUGUGAAACAUGUGAUGCAGGACAGAAAAAUCCAGACUUUUAUGGAGUGGGAGAAGGACACGUACAGCCCUGAUGAGCACAUGUGGGCCACUCUGCAGAGGAUGCCCUCUGUUCCCGGGUCAGUUCCUACCAACAUUAAGUACGAUGUGUCAGACAUGCAAGCUAUUGCUCGUGUGGUGAAGUGGAGUUUUCUAGCAGGCGAUGUAAGAAAUGGAGCCCCAUACCCUCAUUGCACUGGGACUUACAGACGAGCGAUUUGUGUAUAUGGAGCUGGCGACCUCUGGUGGCUCCUGAAACAACAGCACCUAUUUGCAAAUAAGUUUGAUCCCACAGUCGAUGAUAUUGCCAUUCGAUGUAUGGAGACAAUUUUACGUCUUAAAGCCUUGGGUAAUGAUCCGUUGUAAAAAGAUACAUUUUCUGUUAUUCCGUAACGCUCAUAAUCAUUUGCACUGUUAUGG